CGUUAAAUCUGCUGAAUAGUUCGUACAAAGCUCAAUAUAUACAAAAGUCAAUUGGGUUCCCACAAAACGGUGGGGCCCAUCGUGACCAGGUCUUUAUACAUGAUCUCAUCUUCUGCCUUAGCAUCUUACUGAUUUCAUUUUGUAAGAAUGUUUCAAACAAAGAAUGUCUGAAAUGUCAGGAGAGGCAAAAAAGAUGGGAAAGGGCUGGUUAGCUUGUGUCUCGGCCUCUUGUUUACCUACAGGAAAAGACAAAAAACAUCAAAAACAGGAAAAGGAGAAGAAGAAAUGGUUUGGGAAACAAAAGAGUAGAGAAUCCAUUGAAUUUUCAUUGGAGGAGACUCCUCCUGUAGAUCCUUUAUCUUCCUCCAUUACUCGGCCGUCCCCUCCUCCGUUGCCUGAUUUUGUUCCUCAACCGUUGUUGCCCCCACCAUCCCCUUCUCCUCCUGCUCUGUUUGCUGAUUUGGCUCCUCAGCCGUUGUUACCACCAUCAUCCCCUCCUCCACCCCCUCCUUUUCCGCCAUAUGCCAAAAAUAAAGGCUAUAAUGCUUCCAAAGAAGCAAAUACUAGACAAGCUCUGGCUCUCGCAUCGGCUGUUGCAACCGAAGCAACGAUGGUGGCUGCACAUGCUACCGUAGAGGUCGCAAGUCUCACGACGAAUAUCUCAACACGUCACAUUGUUGAAUCAAAGGAGGAAGCUUCUGCGAUCAAGAUCCAAAAUGCGUACAGAUGUUACAAGGCAAGACACACUCUACGUAUGCUGCGAGGAAUGGUCAGGCUAAAGACGUUGCUGCAAGGAAAGUACGUGAAAAGACAGAUGACCGCGAUGCUUAGCUCAAUCCAAACUCUUACACGUUUACAAACUCAGAUUCAAGCCAGGAGGAAUCAGUUAUCUGAAGAGAACAAAGCUCGUCACACGCUGAUCCAGCAGAAGGGUCACCAGAAAGAACGCCAAAAUCAAAUUUUGAUUAUUUCGGGAGAUUUUGAUUCCAGCAAUAAAUCGAAGGCACAGAUCAAAGCACAGUUUGUAAAUCGAAAAGAAGCUUCCGUAAGACGUGAGAGGGCUUUGGCGUAUGCUUACAGUCAUCAGCAAACUUGGAGAAACUCUACUAAACAUCCACACCAGACUCUGAUGGACGCAGACACUCCUCAUUGGGGUUGGAGUUGGCUUGACCGGUGGAUGGCAUCUCGUCCAUGGGAACCUAAAUUCAACGACGAUCAAGCCUCCCUCAAACGCGAAAAUUCCAUCAGGACUUCUCCUGCCAGAUCUAAAGAACAAAAAUCUGGCAGCCAAAAAGCUAACCAGAGCGAGGGGGUUAAUCAUAGGCACAGCAUCGGUGGUGGAUCAUCUAAAAAUGUCAAAGAUGCUGAGAGCCUUGAUAGUUCUUUAUCACGCAGAAGUUCUUUUGGCAAUACGGAAACUGAAAAAUCCAAGGCUAGUGAGGAAACAGCAAGCAAGAUGACUAAACCCCUUCCGUUGAAGAAGUCAAACCCUAGUGUGCAAACAGCAAGCAGCUUGAGUAGCCCCCAACCGUUGAAGAAAUCCAAGGCAAGUGUGGGAACAGCAAAAAACAUGGUUACCACGCAAGCUAAGAAAUCAAAAGAUAGUGUGGGAACAAGAUACUUGGCUAACACGCAAGCUUUGAAUUCUAAGGUUGGCCAACCGAGCAACUUGGGCUCCCAAAAGAAGGUUGUGUCCGAUAAAAAUAAACUUCCGCAAAUGGUAUUGCCAAAGAAGAGGCUUUCUUCUUCAAUUUCUCUUGCGUCAACAAAGAAAGUUUCUGAUUCGGACAGAGCUACAACAGGCGCUGCAAAUGGAGAGAAAAAGAGAAGAAAUGGUAUUACCGGUUAACCUAAAGUUUAUUUGAUGGCGAUUUGAUAGAUUAAGCAUCUCAAAUCCGAGAUUUUUUUUUCUAUCAGAUUAAAUCCGUGAUAAAAUGUGUGUAUUUUUGUUAUUUUCUUUGGAUGAGUACACAAAGUACUAUUGUCUGUUGCGGUUUGUUUUCUUGUCUUUUCUUAUUUUUUAGGGAAUUUGCAUUACAUGGUAAAGUUUCCUCUGAAAUUAGCUAGUUGGUAAAGACGCUGUAGCAUUUUUGGUAAUCCCAAAACUAUCCCUGAUUUGGUAUGAAAACGUAACACAUUCGCCUG